UUAAACGGAUAGAGCGAAGCGAGCUUUUUUAUCGUGCAGAUCGAGACGGAGUCGUACCGACAACGCGCCGGCAUCCUCUCCCGUGAAGGAUACAUGUCAGGGGUAAAAGCGAGGUGUAGUCUGUCCAUCGUGUCUUGAUGCGUGCGAGCCGGUCGCGAGUCGUGAGGCGGUCCGUUAAUUUCGAGUCGAGUCGAGCGAAUCGGGUUCAGUUUCAGUUCAGUCUCUCUCGCUGCGAUGUCGGCGGCGCACGUCGGUCCGCAUCUCAUCCGACAACUCUACGUAGCUACGUUCGCGCCGAUACUUUUUUCCCGGCUAAUAAAUCACGCGAGCCGAACAAAGUAAACCCUCACGAACAGAUUAUAACUCGAUACGAGAUAACGAGCUCGCAGUACAGCCGCCGUGAUUAAUCACUGAAAGUCGACUCUAAACAACCAACGGAAGCGUAAUCUCGGCUAGACUCGAUUUAGGUGCGUAACGUAAAUAGAUAAACAUUGUUGAAGUUCUCGGGAAUUGUUUGUUGAUUUAACGCACACAAUAGUUGGUUUGAUUUAGUAGUCGUGGAACGGUGAUGUCGUUCGCCGUUUCCGAGUACCGGGCUAGGCCGUGUAUUAGGUGAAUGUGCGAAGAUCAAACCGGCACCUGGCAGGAUGGGUGGCGGGCAGUGGAUCGGGGGAGUGCUGCUAGCCAUGGCAUGCUCGGUGGUGGCGGAUUCGUGGACCGCUUUCCAGGAGCAGCCGUGCUGUCGUCCGGUAUCGCAUCACCGAGUCCGGCAUCAUAGAGAUCACAUACGCGAGUUUUCAUGCGGAAAUCUGUUUUACCGCACAUUAUAUAUGAAUGAAGAGAGAAAUACGCUUUAUGUUGGUGCUAUGGAUCGAAUAUUCAAACUGAACAUGACGGACAUUAGUCAGUCACAUUGCGAGCGUGACGCAUUGGUUCUGGAGGCGAGCAAUGUAGCGCGAUGCGUGAGCAAGGGAAAAUCGGAGCCGUUCGAGUGCAGGAAUCACAUCCGAGUGCUGCAGCCGCUCGGUGACGGUGACCGCCUCUACGUGUGCGGCACCAACGCGCAUAGCCCCAAAGACUGGGUCGUCUAUUUAAAUUUAACACAUCUUCCACGGCACGAGUACGUGCCAGGAGUGGGUCUAGGGGUGGCGAAAUGCCCUUAUGACCCUGCGGACAACAGCACCGCUGUAUGGGUCACGAGAGGCAACCCUGGCGGCCUGCCAGCGCUCUACGCGGGAACCAACGCAGAGUUCACUAAGGCGGAUCCAGUCAUUUUCCGCAACGACCUCUUCGACUUCCGGACAGGACAAAAGAGAUUUAAUUUUAAGAGGACGUUAAAAUAUGAUUCAAAAUGGUUGGACAAAACAAAUUUCGUUGGAUCUUUCGACGUGGGAGAGUACGUUCUGUUAUUUUUCCGAGAAACAGCAGUGGAAUUCAUGAACUGUGGAAAGGCGGUGUAUUCUCGAGUGGCGCGGGUUUGCAAACAAGAUACGGGGGGCAAGCACAUACUUAGCCAGAACUGGGCCACUUAUUUAAAAGCUAGACUCAACUGCAGCAUACCCGGAGAGUUCCCUUUCUACUUUGAUGAAAUACAGAGCGUCUAUCAAAUGCCUGGGGAUACCAGUCGUUUCUACGCGGCGUUCACAACGGGAGCAAGCGAUGGCUUGGUUGGUUCUGCCAUCUGUACAUAUACUAUGGAAGAUAUACAAAACGCAUUUGCUGGACGCUUUAAAGAACAGGCGACGUCAAGCUCGGCGUGGUUGCCGGUGCUGAGGGCCAGAGUGCCGGAACCCCGCCCUGGCACCUGUGUCAACAAUACUGAGGCGCUGCCUGACAAUGUUCUUAAUUUUAUUAGGUCUCACCCCUUAAUGGACUCAGCUGUAAGACAAGAGGGUGACGCACCAGCCUUCUACAAGCGGGACCUAGUGCUGACCACGUUGGUCGUAGACAAACAGUUCGUGGACAUGCUGGGAGAUGACAUCACAUACACCGUAUUCUAUGCCGGCACUAGUAGCGGCGAGGUAUACAAGAUAGUGCAGUGGGCUGGGGGUGGGUCCCGAGUGUCUGACGUGUGGCGUGCGGCGGGCACGGAGGCGGUGCGCGCCCUCGCGCUCUCGCGACGCACACACGCGCUCUACCUCGCCACAGACAAUCGCCUUCGACAACUGCCGCUACGAGCGUGCACGCAUCGAUACGACAGCUGUGUACGCUGCGUCUUAGAUCCGUACUGUGGGUGGGACAAAGAGGCGGGAAUCUGUCGUCCGUACACACCAGGCCUUCUCCACGACGCUACCAACUCUACGCCAUCAAUCUGUGAAGCCAGCGCCCCACUGCGGACAGUGCGAGCUGGGUAUGGACAGAGCGUGCAUAUGGCAGCUUUCGGAAAGACACCCGAAGCAUUGAAAGACCAGAUCGUUGUUUGGUAUCAUCACUCGAGAGAAAAGGGACGUUACAAAAUUAACUAUAAUUGGGAACGAAUACUGCAGACCUCUGAGCGGGGUCUAGUGUUAUUAUCAGUGACGGAGUCAGAUCGAGGUCGCUACGAGUGUUACUUCGGUCCCACGCUCAUCGCCUCUUACAAUCUCGACAUUGACACCCAAAGGUGUAGCCAACCGAGUAGGUCACAAGAGUAUAAACAGGUGUAUUCGGACUGGUGUCACGAGUUUGAGAAGUACAAGAGUGCAAUGAAAGCCUGGGAGUCUCGGCAAAUGCAAUGUUCCAAAAGUUUGAAUUCAUCGAGCCAGCAAAACAAUAUGGAUAACGAGAUAGUCGCUUCGUUGCGGUGAUAGUGUUCAUCGAAUCUGAAUCAGUCCCUAAAUUUACACCGAGUCCGCUCACACGUAAACUAUACGAUAUUUAUUACUCUCUCACUUCUAGAUCUCAGAGUGGUUCAAUUUGAUUACUUAUAUUGCUAAAUUUAAAGUAAAGCACUCCUCUUCUACUCUUCGUGGCCAUUUACAAGUGCAGCAGAAUGUCUUUUAAAUACUAACUUUAGUAUGCAGAUAAAUACAAAAUAUAAAUACUAGAAACCCUUAUCAUCGUAACAGAUUCUUCGUCAUAUGUAUAUUUGUCAUCUACUUUAGUCUACGUGACGAUCAUUUUUCAUUA